UUGUGGAUGGUCGUUACACAGACUGGUCGGAGUCUGAGUGCAGUGCAACAUGUGGGGGAGGAACCUUGACUCGGACGAGAACCUGCACCAAUCCUCCACCUUCCAACUGUGGAAAGGCUUGCAUUGGGCCUGCUGUGCAGACUUUUGCGUGCAACGAAGAAGAGUGCCCUCGAUGCCCAAUGGAUCUGGCGUUUGUUUUAGACUCUUCAGAUACUAUUGGUCAAGCGUUGAAAGGCGCAAAGGACCUUGUAAAGGAUAUGGUGAAAGGUCUAAAACUAGGACCAGAUGAUUCUCGAGUAGCCCUGGUUUUGUUCGCUGAAACAGUUCGAGUUAAGGCUCGAUUUAGUCGUAACUAUGGCGUCAAAGAAUUUCAAGAUAUCGUACAAAGUGUGAACAGCAUCGGUAGCCGAACAAGGAUCGACUUGGCCUUGUUAAAAACAAAAGAGGUGUUUGAAGAGGGAAGAGACGACGCAUAUAAGAUUGCAGUGGUACUAACUGAUGGUGAACAAUCCAACGACGCUAAUGGCUUGAUGGGUGCCUCUCAGCCCUUGCGAAAUUCAGGUGUCCAUGUGAUAGCCGUGGGAAUAGGAGCUCGGGCAACUAAGGGCAAACUAAGGCUGAUGACCGAUUCAAUGGAGGAAGUGAAGAUGAAAGAUGAAGCCCUGACAUAUUUCCAGGAGCUAACUAACAACCUUAACCAGAAUCGCUGUGUUCCUCCAAGACCCAAGCCUCCGGCCCCAGAAGUUUGCAAGGACAAUGCAAAAGAAUGUGCAGCCCAUAAAAGUGCAACAUACUGCAAAACCGAUCAUGCAGGAGUAGACUGUCGCAAGACUUGCGAACUUUGCUUUGGUCCAGGCUUGACGGGGAAAAAGAAGUGAACAGGCAAGGAGAUUACAUCUUGACACUGCCAAAAAUCGCAUUUAAUUAACUGUAAUGAGAGUCUGAAAACUUUGUUCAAACUUUAGAAAUGGAGGGUCAAGUAUCAGGAAAAUGCUUUUAAAAGGGGAUCAAAGUUGUAUAACACUGCUUAAGUUAAACUGAAUAAAAAGAUAAAAAAAAAUGAGAUGGAA